CUUCCGAGAAACUACCCAUUUUAUAUUUUCCCUUUAGUCAUUUAUAACUUUCAACCAUUACGAUCAUAGCGAUCGAUAAACAGAAGACGAAGACGACUUCCGUUCGCCAGAGGAAACAUUAUUUUCUGAAAAUUUUGACAUGUUCAACAGACCUCAGAGUGCGACUACAAGGCAAGAGACUGAAAUGAUUAAUAAGGCCCAGAGGGCCAUACAUACAACCACGGAUUCUAUCGAGAAGUUACGUUUGCUCUGCCUAACUAGAGGUGCCAAUGGUAUUCUCGGCCUUGGCAGAAUAUUCCGUCGUAUGGACGAUGACGGCAAUAAGCAAUUAAACUUGGAGGAAUUUACGAAAGGUUUGAAAGAGAGUGGUUUGGAAAUAUCAGAUGAUGAAAUAAAUGAGAUAUUUCAAAAAUUCGAUACCGACGGAAAUGGAAAUCUCAGCGUCGAUGAAUUCAUCGUCGCGGUGAGACCUACAAUGUCUUCAAAUCGAAAAAAAGUUGUCGAACAGGCAUUUCAAAAAUUAGAUAAAACUGGUGACGGAGAAAUAACAAUAGACGAUUUAAAAGGUGUAUACAAUGUGAAAUGUCAUCCACGUUAUAUAAGUGGCGAGGAGAGCGAGGAAAGUAUUUUGAAAAAAUUUCUUGGAAAUCUAGAACAAAACGCAACGAGAGACGGAAUAGUCACUGCGGAAGAAUUUAUGAAUUACUAUAGUGCAAUAAGUGCGAGUAUCGAUCACGAUGCGUAUUUCGAUUUAAUGAUGCGCAAUGCUUAUAAGCUUUAAAAGAUUAACUCCAUUUGAUUAUUUAUCUAAUAAUAAACUAAAGCACGUUACACGCGAGCUUCUGUUCAAAUAAUCUUAUUUUGAAAAACGAUACAAAUCUUAGGAUGAAAUCGCACAGAGAUUAUUCCAACCGUGUUAUUGCAAUUUUCAUAGAAAUUAUCGAGCAUUGGUGUUAUAUACAAAUGUUAUAAAACUAUAAUUAUAUAACGUUGUAUGUGAUGAUACAUCUAUACUUAAUGUACAUUUAAAUGUACAUAAUUUUGAUGUAUAUACAUAAUUUCGAUAUUUCGAAUUCCACUAUGUUGUCCUAUUUCAAUGUUCGACAAAGUUGGUUGCAGGGACCAAUCUAAUUAUAUACGUGUGCAUAUGAUAUCAAAUCCUAUAAUCCAUAUUUUAAAUAUAAAAUUUAGUUUUUCUUUUCUUUGUUUUUGUUUUUUACUUAUGCGAAUAAAUAUUAAUUAAAUUAUAUUGUGUGUAUUUAUGGGUAAAUAAAAUAAAUAUUCUAACAACGAUGUAAACAAAUAUAAUUAUUAAAGGAAAAUUAAAAAAAGAAAAAAAAAAGGAUUUGCAUCGGCCGGGAAUCGAACCCGGGCCGCCCGCGUGGCAGGCGAGCAUUCUACCACUGAACCACCGAUGCUCGGAAGAAAAUACUUAUUUUGAGUAUACUGUAAUAAAAUAUUGACCUAGAUUUCAAAUUUUCAUAUAUUUAGAAAAUAUAAAAUAUUCUAAUUCAAUCAUUUUAUUAUAAUUAAACAAUUACACAACGUCGGUGUAUUUACUGCUGUUGGGAUUAUCAAUUUGUAAACUUUAAUGGUGAUGAUAUUGAUGAUAUUGGUGUAAUAAUCGUUCAUAAAAAUAAAAAAAUAAAUAAAUAAAAAUAAAAAAUCUCCCAGGCGGGGAAUCGAACCCCGGUCUCCCGCGUGACAGGCGGGGAUACUGGCCACUGUACUACCUAGGAUUUUUCUGUCAAGCGCCAAAUUUAUAAAUUAUUUAUACUUUAGUUAUUCAGUUAUUUUAAUUUUAGUUUUAGUUUAAUUUUAAUUUUAAUUUUAAUUUUAGUUAGUUAAAUUAAUUAUUAUAUUUUUAUGUAAAAUUCUUGUUCACUUAUAUAUAAUAUACAUUCCAACGAUACAUUAUAAUCGAUUUCACGUUAUCAAUAAACAAUAUACCAUUUGUAGUCUUAAUAAAAGUAUCAUGUAACAUUUUUAAAAAUAAGAAAUGUGUAGACGUGUAGAAAAUGCAAGAUUACUUUUAUAUCAUAGAUAAAUAUCAAAGAGAAGUACAAAAGUCAAUGAGAAAAAUGCAAACAAAGCAAAAAUAAAAAAAAUAAGAAAAAGCUAAAAAGAGGGGCUGAGUUGUAAGAGUAGGAGAAGAAAGAGAGAGAGAGAGAGAGAAAGAGAGAGAGAGAGAGAGAGAGGAAGAGAGAGGGAAAUAAAAAUCGUUGAGAACUUAUAUAAACUAUUCGCUAAGCUAUUCCAUCUCAUUGUUGAGAUAAAAUAGUAACCGUGAUUGUUUAAAUUUUGGCGGCAUUUUUAUUCUCGAAUCUUUUUCUUUUUUCCCCUCCUUACUUCUCAUUUCAUUCACACACACGUUCGCUCGCUCGCUCGCUCGCUCGCUUGCAUUCUCUUUUCAUUCUGGCUUUGUCUAUUCCUUUAUUUUCAAUCGAACCUUGAUGACCUUAUUGUACAUACGUAUCGCGUCUCUCUUCGUUUCUCUUUCAUCGGCUAUGUUUCGAUCGCGGCCGUGACACAAGCGGCAUAUUUUCUGUAACAAAAAAAAAAAAAACAUCGGUCUCUAUUCGAUCAAGUGAAAAAAGAAAUAA